AUGGGCACAUCACAUGAUGACUGUCGGUCUAGAAGUAGAUACACGAGCUUACUUCUCAGCUAUGACAAUUAUGAUUGCUAUUCCUACAGGUACUAAAAUCUUUAAUUGGUUAGGUACCUAUAUGGCUAGUCAUAAUACUACACGAACAAUAGAUUUAUGGGCUGCCUUAUGCUUUAUUCUUCUAUUUACUCUAGGUGGUACUACAGGUGUAGUUAUGGGUAAUGCAGGUAUGGAUAUUGCACUACACGAUACAUAUUAUAUUGUUGCACAUUUCCAUUUUGUAUUAUCUCUGGGAGCUAUCUUAGCAACUAUAUGUGGAUUUGUCUUCUAUAGUAAAGAUAUGUUCGGAGAUACUUUAAAUCUAUUCCAUGUGAAUACAGGUUCAUCACCUUAUUUAAAUAUUUGGUUUGUUGUAUUCUUGGCUAGUAUUAUGUUAAUCUUCUUACCUAUGCAUAUAUUAGGUUUCAACGUUAUGCCAAGAAGGAUCCCAGAUUACCCUGAUUAUCUUUGUUAUAUUAAUACAUGGUGUUCAAUUGUCCAACUCGUAGUAUAUACUCCCCAGAAAAAGCUUAUAAAUAAUCCUGUCUCAGAGAUGAUUACUCCCAGUACGAUGGUACUGAUCAUACUAGCAUCUGAGUAUUAUAGUUAUUUAACUACCGCUUGGAUGUCUGGUUUAGUUUUAUAUUUACUUACUAUAGCCACUGCCUUCCUCGGAUAUGUACUACCAUGGGGACAAAUGAGUUUCUGGGGUGCUACAGUCAUUACAAACCUCCUUUCUCCAAUACCAUAUUUGGUACCUUGGCUACUUGGAGGUUACUACGUAUCUGAUGUAACAUUAAAACGAUUCUUUGUAUUACAUUUUAUCUUGCCUUUUAUUGGUUGUAUUAUAAUAGUUUUACAUAUCUUCUAUUUACAUUUAAAUGGUUCUAGCAAUCCUGCAGGUAUUGAUACCGCGCUUAAAGUUGCCUUUUAUCCUCAUAUGUUAAUGACAGAUGCUAAAUGUCUAUCCUAUUUAAUUGGAUUAAUCUUCUUACAAGCGGCUUUUGGUUUGAUGGAACUAUCACAUCCAGAUAACUCAAUACCAGUCAACCGGUUCGUAACACCACUUCAUAUCGUACCUGAAUGGUAUUUUCUAGCAUAUUAUGCGGUGUUAAAAGUAAUUCCAUCCAAAACCGGUGGUUUGUUAGUAUUUAUGUCAUCAACAUGUCAAUGA